AUGUUGCCAGAAUUACCCACGGAAAGUGUUGCGAUAAUUCUAGUAGUGGCGGCGGUGACUCUCUACCUGUGGGCGUUUAAUGGACGACCCAAGGGGGUGCCUCCUGGACCCUGGUUCUAUCUUCCAGUCAUUGGGAAUCUCGUGCAGAUUGGCGCCAACCCUGUGACGUCAUUCAGGGAAAUGAGGAAGAAGUAUGGCGACGUGUUCAGUGUCUACAUGGCCAACCGUCUGGUUAUCGUCGUCAAUGGGUUUGACAACUUGAAAGAAGCGUUCGUGAAGAACGGCGAUACCUUCUCCAACAGACCAAAUUUGUUUUUCACAAAAGUCAUCACAUACGAUAAAGGGAUUACGGGAUCCAGCGGUGAAGUGUGGAAAGAACAGAGGAAGUUUGCUUUGCAGACGCUUAGGAAUCUCGGUAUGGGGAAGAACAUUCUACAAUCGAAAAUUCAAGAGGAGUCGACAGCCUUCAUUGAAGAGUUAACGAAACGGGAGGGAAAGGCGACUGAUCUUCGGAAUCUGAUAGGCUCGUCGGUAAGCAACAUAAUUUCGUCGAUCGUGUUCGGCAAGAGAUUCGAGUACAAAGAUCCCAUGUUCAUCAAAUUUGUGAAGAUAGUGGAAGAAAAUGUAUUAAUACCCCCAGUCCUUCACUUCUUCCCCUUUCUCCGCUUCCUGCCUGGCGAUAUGUUCAAUAUCAAACACAUGAUGCGUGGAAUGGAGGCCAUUGAGCACGAACUCUUCGAGAGUUCCGUGAGGGAACAUACCGUGCACUAUGACGAAAACAACACCGACGACUUCAUCAGUGCGUACAUCAAGGAGAUGAAGCACAAGGAGAGGCUGGGAGAUACCAGCAGCAGCAUCAACAACGACAACCUGUGCGUGGUCAUUAAGGAUCUCUUCUUCGCCGGGACGGAAACCACCGCGACAGCACUGCGAUGGCUUCUGCUAUACUUCCUACACUUUCCGGAAAUUCAAAACAAAUGUUUCGCGGAAAUACAGGACAAUGUGGGAUGCGACAAAACGAUCUACAUGGAAGAUAAAACGAAAUUGCCUUACCUAGAAGCAACGAUAAUGGAGAUUUUGCGACACGCGGAUAUCGGCCCAUUAUCGGUCAUGCGCACUGUAACGUCAGAGACCAUGCUCAAAGGAUAUCGAAUCCCAAGCAACGCCCUAGUCAUCCCGAACAUCGACUCUGUUCUCUCAGACUCCCGCAUCUGGGGCGAUCCCGAGAAUUUUAGACCCGACAGAUUUCUAGACGAAAAUGGACACAUCACUAAACCGGAAGAGUACAUUCCGUUUCUGUUCGGCCCCAGAAAUUGUCUGGGAGAAUCGUUGGCCAGGAUGGAGCUGUUCCUCUUCUUGGCAUCGAUGUUACAGAAGUUUGAAUUCGUGAAAGGCGAAGGAGCUGUUUUGCCGACUUUAGAUGGCGUACUUGGUUUUACUCACGAGCCUGAACCUUACCUCAUCAGGGCUACUUUGAGGAUAUAAAGAACAGUGAUGCUUACGUCAUUGGGGCUACUUUGAGGAUAUAAAUAAGAUGGAUGCUUGCGUCAGAUUGUUUGAAACAAGGACAUAUUGUUCCGAUCACUAAAGAAAGAGACAAACCUUUCAGAGUCCAUUUCGAUCCGAAAGAUUUUUAAUUAUUAAUGUUUAUUUUAAUUAUUAUGUUUUAGUGCUUUAUAAGUUGUCAUUUUUUUUAGCUA